AUGCUAAGUCCUGUGGCAAAGCCGCUGCUUCCACCCCGGCGCCACAACAACCCGGAGCUUCUGGCGGCCUUGCGGGCGGCACCUUGGCCCCUGGGCCUGCACUUGGCGGAGCCGGCGGAGCUGCAGGCCCGGAUCCUGGGCUUCGCUGGCCCGGCGCUGCGGGCCUACCAUGGGGCCUCCCAGGCAGCCAGGCAGGCGACGGCGGAGCACGUGGCGCGGCAAAAGGCGCCCUGGUGGCUGCUCGACUCCCGCGGUGAUGCAGCGCUGGCGCAGGUGCUGCAGUACUUGGCCGCCCCGGCGCUGCUGUACAGCGCUUGCGCCUGCAGCGCCUGGCGUCGGAAAGCCUCUAGCCGGGAGGCCUGGGCCUCGCUGCGCUUGUCCUUCGGCUGGGGCCCGGACCUGGAGAUGCAGCGCCUGCUGCGGUUCCUAAGGCGCCUUGCGGAGCGGCUCCAGGUGGAUCAGCUCCCGGAGGCGAAGGAGGCGAAUGCAACUGGAGGCUAUCCCAAGCCAGCGAGCCCAAAGCCUGGCUCCCAGCUGCACCUCCGGCGCCAUCGCUCCGUCUGGCUCCUGCAGCGGGCGCCGAGUGACGGAUCCGCCGCCGCCGCGUUGGACGCGCGCCGGGAGGCGCUGCAGCAGCGCCUGGAGAAGGAGGAGCUGAGGGGCAAGGUGGUGCUGGAGCUGGACGCAGGUGCGGGGUUGCUGGGCCUCAGCCUGGCGCCUUACGUGAAAUCCAUGACCCUCACCAGCCCGGAUGAGCUCAGCUGCCGCCUCAUACGGCUCAACGCCUCCCUGCAGUCGACUGGAAGGACCAAGAGGAACACAGUGCAGGGCGUGGAUGGGCCAGUGCCCGUCUACGUCUACCCGCUUCCCAUCUCAGUGGCUGGGGCUAAGACAUUGGCGCGUCAGUGGCACUGGGACAGCGGCAGCGCCAUGCGUGCGCUGCAGCCGGCGCUUCUGGCGCCCAGCUUCGACCUGGCGCUCUGCGGGUCCUGCGAGACAUCGGAGGCCCUGGAGGCGCUUCUGCAAACUUGCAAUGAGCUCAUGUCCCCGGGUGCCAUGCUCCUUGUAGGCAGCAGCCACGCGGUGCUCCCGCAGCAGGCCCGCUUUGCUGUCGUGAGGGAGGAGGUGCUACACAGUCCCCUGGAGGGAAUCUUCCGCUUGAUGCACCUCCGGAAAGCUCGCUGA